AUGGCGCCAUCUCUGGAAGAGCCCAUUGCUCUUUCGACACCGCCAGCACUGGACACUGUUGUUGUGCCCAAGACCGCCAUCAACUCCGUCAAGCCAAUUGCCGGCGACAACAAGUUUGGCUACGUGCCCGGACGGACCAUCGUCGAAAACCACGACAACUACCAACACGAAGACUUCCUGCCAUCUUUCCCGGACGUGCACUGGGUGCCCAUCGAGCCACACUCGUAUGAGGAUCGUGGCCUUCGAGGAGACCCAAACUUCCGCAAUCUGCUCCAGGACGCCACCGCGGUCUUCGACUACAACCCCAAGAUAGGAACCGAGAUACAUGGGGUCGACCUGGCCACUCUGACCGAUGCACAGAAGGAUGACCUCGCCCGCUUGAUUGCCUACCGAGGCGUCGUCUUCUUCCGGUCCCAAAAGAACUUUGAUAUCGAGGCCCAGCGGGCACUCGGGAGGCACUUUGGCAAGUUGCACAAGCACGCAACCACCGCCGUGCCAAAGAGAGGCGAUCUGCAAGACGUUCACGUCGUCUACACUGGUGACAACUCGGGCGACAACCGUGCCUUGUUUAGCCCGAGUUUCCUCUGGCAUUCAGACGUCACCUACGAGAUUCAGCCUCCAUCCUACACAUCGCUGAAGCUUCUCACUGGCCCACCCAGUGGUGGUGGCGGUGACACCCUCUGGUCCUCGCAAUACGCCGCCUACGAUGUCCUAUCUCCUUUCAUGCAAAACUACCUCAAGAAUCUGUCGGCUCUGCACUCCGCCGACAUGCAAGCCAACGACUCCCGAGCUAUCGGCCGGCCCGUCCGCCGUGAUCCGGUCACCACAAAGCACCCUUUGAUCCGAACAAAUCCCGUCACCGGCUGGAAUGCCCUCUUCUUCAACCCCGGCUUCGUGACCAAGAUUGUCGGGAUCCCCAAAGCUGAGAGCGACGCCAUUGUCAAAUACCUCACAGACGUGGUCGCCACUACACAAGAGAUGCAUGCGCGGUUCUCCUGGGGCAAGGACGACGUUGCUCUGUGGGAUAAUCGGACAACGACCCAUUCUGCCUCUUACGGCUUCACACCCCACCGACGGCACGCCGUUCGUGUCGCAUGCCACGCUGAGCGUCCCGUGCUGGAGGACUCUGGAAAAUCGCAAGAGGAGGAGCUCAAUGCCUUGUAUGGACUGCCGGCAGUGGACAAGGACGGAUCGCGACAGUCAAACUACAACGACUGA